AUGUCCAACCAAACCAUCGCAGACACGGACACGCCAGACCCUUGGAUGGUCGCCGCGCACAACCGCUUCUAUCUGACCUUCACCUGCGGAGAUCGCGUCGAGAUAUGGAUGUCGCACAACAUGGAGAACUUCAGGAAUUGCAAGAAGAUCAUCGCCUGGAACCCACCACCUGCUACUCCCUGGGUGGUGGACAUCUGGGCCCCCGAACUCCACUACCUGAACGGAAGAUGGUACAUCUACUUCUGCGGGGCCCACCCAGAGGUUGGGAACCCUUCGCAUCGGACGCUUCUGCUGCGCAGUCAAAGUCAAGAUCCGAUGGAGGCGGGAGCGUGGGAGUUUCUCGGACAGAUGAAAGGCCUGCCCGAUCACUGGAAUAUCGAUGCAACCGUCUUCUUUUUACCGCGCACUCAGAAGCUGUAUUGCUGUUACUCCGGGUGGCCGCUGGGCGACCACUCAGACCGGCAGCAGGAUUUAUUCUUGAUCGAGCUGGAGACUCCAGAGGUCGCGCGGCCGGAGACGCUCGUAUGCAUUUCCAGGGCAGAGCUACCAUGGGAGCGGGCCGAUGGGGGGACACAUGGGGUCAACGAAGGUCCCACGUUCGUCAGCAUCCCGGGCUUUGAAGGAAUCAUCUACAGUGCCAACGGGAGCUGGACCAGCGACUACAGGUUGGCCCUGUUACAGCUUGUCGGCGACGACCCGCUGAAGGAGUCGUCAUGGAGGAAACGGCCGACACCGCUGCUUGUCAGUGACCGGGACAAGGGAGGGCCUUUCGGGCCCGGGCAUGCGAGUUUCAUCCCAUCUCCGUACGGGGAUGGGAGAGUGUACUGCAUCUACCACGCCACGGAGCACGAGGGAGAGCGAUGGAACAACCGCAAAGGCCGAGUCCUCAUUUUCGGGCCAGAGCAUUUUCAUCCCCAGGCGCAACCCAUGUGCUGCGCGUUGUCCGUCUCCGGGCAGUGGAGCGGUGGUGUCUCGGUGUCCAGCGCUGGGGGAUCUGCUGGAAACAUGCCCCAGCAGGGAGCGCCAUCACAACCUGGUCAUGAGAAAAGAACAAGUCUGAUAGACAAGCUCGGGGGGAAGAUACUGAGGAAGUUGAGGGAGUAUGCAUAG